UAAGUGUUGACCAUGUGGAGACCAAGUGUCAGUAAGACGGCUGAAAUGUAUCAUGAUGCAUCUUCGGGGUUCUCUCGAACUACAAAUUUUUCAACAGCGCUAGCAGAAGUUUACGAAGCUCCUUACAAGAAGUGGCAGCUUUUAAAAGUGAAAUAGCAGUUCUCUCUGCAGUCAGCAAACAUCAUGAAGUUCUUAUUGAGGAGUUGAAAUCAAACAUUGCAAGGAUGAAAAAGACCAUGGCUUCAGCUAGAGUAAAACUGCAGAAACAAGCAUAUUUUCAAAGAAGAAUCAAGCUGGAACUGGACAGAAAUGACAUAUCUCUACCAUUUGAUAUUCCAGUGUCAGAUGAAGAUUUGGAUUUCACUCAUGAGGACUGGAAUUGUGAAAAUAUAACGAUCACUGUACAUGAUCCCCAAAAUGCUGAUUAUGUGGCUCGAACUAAUGAUAUCAGUGGUCAAGAUAUUGUACGCAGUGAGUUGAAUGAACCUAAACCUAGCCACCCAGUCAGACAUAGUCUCUAUGUUGGCCGCACGUCACCAUCAACUCUUGAUCAUUUGGAAAAAGUUAUUUUUUCUACUACUGACAAUGAUGACCCAUCAGGGGCUUGUCCGGAUAUGUGUGAAGGAUAUUCUCGAAUGCAAACACCAACCACAAAGUACGCUUCAAGUUCAGAAACACCCGGAAAAUUGUGCACUGAAGUUGGUGAAAAAAUUUUUGCUGCGAAACAUUCCUGUCUACCUCGCAAAUCUACGCUUCUAGAAGCAUGCAGUUGCGAUAACACUGAAGAACAUGCACAGAUAAGGUUCUGUGUAAACGGAAAGGCACAGGAUACAAAACCAUGUCCGCUUUGUAAAAAGGUAAACAUUUAUAUUUGUAAGGAAGUACUUGCCACCUUUGUGAUGAAAACCAACCAACACAAGAAGUCAUGUAAGAUGUGAUAAGUUUCAUGUCUCAACAACUUGGUAGAGAGGUAAAAAGGCAAGGCAAGGCAAACAAGUCAACUACACCCAGGACAGCUCGAAGAAGGAUUCGAACCAACGACACUCUGCAGUCUAAGCAAGGGUUCUACCAACUGAGCUACAAUGGCAACUCAGCUGGAAGGGGUUGGAAUCUACUACACAAAGGCAAACGUCAAACCACUGUGCUCUAUGGCAUAGUAUAGUCUCACUCACACUACCUGCUCAACUUUGACACCUUACUCUAAAUAUAAUCACCUAUCUCCUGUGGAUCAACUAAUUGCAGUCGCAUUUAACAGCAAAUUUGUAUUCAAUACCCUCAUAACCUCGG